AUGGGGCAUCUCGUUACGGUAGCGACUUGCUCGCUGAACCAGUGGGCCUUGGACUGGGAAGGCAAUGCUGCCCGCAUUGUCGAGAGUAUUCAAAAGGCAAAGGCAGCUGGUGCGCGACUACGCGUCGGACCUGAGCUGGAAAUCUGCGGCUAUGGAUGUCUGGACCACCUCCUCGAGCAGGACCUCUACCUGCACUGCUUCGAGAUGCUGCGCCGGAUCCUGCUUGAUGAGACCUGCCACGGCAUCCUGCUCGACAUCGGCAUGCCGGUGCAGCACCGCAACCAGCGCUUCAACUGCCGCAUCCUCUGCCUUGACGGAAAGAUCCUCAUGAUCCGCCCCAAGAUGUGGCUCGCCAACGACGGCAACUACCGCGAGAUGCGCCACUUCACCCCCUGGAUGCACCCGCGGCAGACCGAGCAGUACCAUCUGCCCCGCAUCCUGCAGGAGAUCCAGGGCGCGACGCACGUCGUCUUUGGCGAUGCUGUGGUGUCGACGCCUGACACGUGCUUCGGCGCGGAGACUUGUGAGGAGCUAUUCACCCCGAACGCGCCGCACAUUGCCAUGAGCCUUGACGGCGUGGAGAUCAUCACCAAUUCGAGCGGCUCGCACUUCACCCUACAGAAGCUUGACACUCGUCUGCAGCUCAUCAUGGAGGCCACCCGCAAGUGCGGAGGCGUCUAUCUCUACGCCAACCAGCAGGGCUGCGACGGCGACAGACUCUACUACGACGGCUCUGCCAUGAUUCUCGUCAACGGAGACGUCGUGGCCCAGGGCUCGCAGUUCAGUUUGAACGAUGUCGAGGUCAUCACCGCCACCGUCGAUCUGGAGGAGGUCAGGGCCUACCGGUCAGCCAUUUCUCGUGGUCUUCAGGCUGCGCGUUCCGACGCCAAGUACGAGAGGAUCCAGACUGCUUUUGAGCUAAGCAAUGAGGACGAGGAUGCCGAUGUUAUGAUCACACCCUCGCCCCCUAUCAGGCCGAAGUACUACUCGGUCGAGGAAGAGAUUGCUCUGUGUGCUGGCUGCUAUCUCUGGGAUUACCUCCGAAGGUCAGGCACUGCGGGCUUCUUGGUGCCCCUGAGCGGAGGAAUCGACUCCUGCGCCACUGCCACAAUCGUCUUCUCCAUGUGCCGCAUCGUCAUGAAGGCCGUCGAGGAGGGCAACGCCCAGGUGAUUGAGGACGUGAAGCGCCUCGCCAAGUACGACGGCGAGGGUGUCCUGCCCAAGACGCCGCAGGCCUUGUGCAACCAGAUCUUCUCGACCAUCUACAUGGGCAUGAAGACGCAGAGCUCGGCCGAGACGCGCCAGCGCGCAAAGGACCUCGCCGAAGCCAUCGGCAGCUACCACAUCAACCUCGACAUCGACGACGUCUACAACGCGCAGAAGAGCCUCGCCGUCAGCGCCCUCAACUUUGAGCCUAGGUUCAAGGUCGAGGGCGGCACGCAGCAGGAGAACCUGACGUUGCAGUGCAUCCAGGCGCGUAUCCGCAUGGUCACGGCGUAUGAGUUUGGGCAACUUCUCCCUACGGCCCGUGGCAGACCCGGCGGCGGCGGUCUGCUUGUCUUGGGUAGUGCGAACGUCGGAGAGUCCCUUCGAGGAUAUUUUACCAAAUAUGAUUGCUCCAGUGCGGACAUAAACCCGAUCGGCUCCAUCGACAAGGCCGACCUCAAGCGUUUCAUCGCCUGGGCCGAGAAGGACUUUAACAUUCCUUGCCUCCAUGACUUCCUGACCGCAGUUCCGACCGCCGAGCUUGAGCCCAUCUCGGAGACCUACGUCCAAAGUGACGAAGUGGACAUGGGCAUGACCUACCAGGAGCUGACCAUCAUGGGCCGCCUCCGCAAAGUCAACAAGCUGGGUCCGUACGGUAUGUUCCAGCGUCUCGUCCACGAUUGGAGCGCGGACCGCAAGCGCGGCCCCGAGGAUGACGCUCCGGCGUAUGAGCCCAGCCAGACUGCAGAGAAGGUCAAGAAGUUCUUCCACUUCUACGCCAUCAACAGUGAGUCUUUAGACGUGCAACUCGCGCUGCGGCGGAGAACUAACUAA